GUGAACCCCAUGCAGGUUUCCAGCACUGGCCAUGAGCUAGCAAUCCGAUUUAGGACAGACAACUCUGUCAAUGGGAGAGGCUUCAGUGCCUCAUGGCAAGCAGUCCCUGGAGGUUGUGGUGGGAUUUUCCAGGCUCCCAGUGGAGAGAUUCAUUCUCCAAAUUACCCCAGUCAUUAUAGAAGUAACACCGAAUGUUCUUGGGUUAUUCAAGUUGAAAACCAUCACCGUGUUCUCUUGAACUUCACUGACUUUGACCUUCAAACUACAGACUCUUGUAUUAUGACAUAUGAUGGUUCAAACUCUGCAACCACCCGCCUGGCCAGUGUGUGUGGAAGACGGCAGCCAGAGAACCCCAUCACUUCUUCAGGCAACAGCCUCUUUGUGAGAUUCCAGUCUGGCUCUUCUAGACAGAGCAGAGGCUUCCGAGCUCAAUUCAAGCAAGUCAAUCAUAUUACUCUAUCCUUUAUCCACUUUGGACUUGAAGGCAGUGAAGGGUGUACCCAUGACUUUGUAGAAGUUUUGGAUGGCCUCUACUCUGACGCACCCCUCCAAGGCCGUUACUGUGGCACCACCAUACCCCAUCCCAUCACAUCUUUUAGCAAUGGCCUGAUGCUGAGGUUUGUCUCUGAUUCUGGAAUGAAUUCUGAUGGAUUUCAGGCUGUAUAUGCUGCAUCAACAUCGGCUUGUGGUGGAAACUUCCACAUGGGUGAAGGCAUCUUCAACAGCCCUGGCUACCCAGAAAUUUAUCCCCCUAAUGUGGAAUGUGUCUGGAACAUUGUCAGUUCCCCUGGCAACCAGCUGCAGCUGUCUUUCAU